ACAUUUGUUACAAUGGACAUUAUUCCUGGAAAAGCGGAAAUUAGCCGCUUUAACAUUUCACCAGAUGAAGACAGCAGCUCCAGUUCCAACAGCAUUGAGUGCCCUGACUAUCACCCCAAGAAAGUGCCAUUGAGCAGUCAGAACGGUGAUUUGGAUGCCGAAAGUCAGAACUUCCUCCCCAGUGGCAGCCAAGAAAAAAAGAAAUAUGAAGUUGAAUAUCACCCUGGCACUGCGUCAUUUGGGAUGUCCGUGUUCAACCUGGGCAACGCCAUCAUGGGCAGUGGAAUCCUUGGCUUAUCCUAUGCCAUGGCCCACACGGGCAUCGCACUGUUUGUAUUCCUGCUGAUAUGUGUGUUCCUAUUUUCCCUCUACUCUGUCCAUCUGCUGCUUAAGACCGCAAAUGAAGGAGGUCAUAUGGUCUAUGAGAAGUUGGGCUACAAGGCUUUCGGCUUGCCUGGAAAGCUUGCAGCGUCUUUAUCUAUCACCAUGCAGAACUUUGGAGCCAUGUCCAGCUACCUCUACAUCGUGAAGUACGAAUUACCAAUAGUCAUCAAAGCUUUCACCGGGGAUGAAGGGGCUUGGUACACCAACGGAGACUACCUGGUUUUGCUUGUUUCUGUCAUCAUUAUUUUGCCGCUUUCACUGCUUAAAAAUCUAGGAUACCUCGGCUACACAAGCGGCUUCUCGUUGUUGUGCAUGGUCUUCUUCCUGAUUGUGGUGAUCUACAAGAAGUUCCACAUCCCCUGCCCGUUUUCCAACGACAUCUUCAACAUGACAUUAAACAACACACUCACACAUCUGCAGGACACCAUGGCCACAGACUAUAAUGAGGACUCUUGCAAACCCAAAUACUUUGUCUACAACUCAAAGACUGUGUAUGCCGUGCCCAUUCUCACCUUUGCCUUCGUGUGCCACCCGGCUAUUCUGCCCAUGUACGAGGAGCUGAAAGAUCGUUCUCGUAAAAAGAUGCAGAAUGUGGCUAAUGUGUCUUUCAUUGCCAUGUUCAUCAUGUAUCUGCUCGCUGCUCUGUUUGGAUACCUGACCUUCUAUGAAACGGUCGAGCCUGAACUUUUACACACGUAUGCGAAGGUGUACAAAUUGGAUGUGGUGCUGCUGAUUGUACGUCUGGCUGUUCUGACUGCUGUCACUCUCACUGUCCCCGUCGUCCUCUUUCCUAUCCGCACAUCGAUUAAUCAAUUGUUGGGUGCCGCUAACAACUUCAGCUGGAUCCGCCAUAUCAUCAUCACGGUGCUUCUGUUAUUUGCAGCCAACCUGCUUGUCAUCUUUGCCCCAAGCAUUAGGGAUAUCUUUGGAUUCAUUGGUGCUUCUGCUGCCGCUAUGCUGAUCUUCAUCCUGCCGUCUGCCUUCUACAUCAAGCUGGUGAAGAAGGAGCCCUUGAAAUCUGUGCAGAAGAUUGGGGCAAUCCUGUUUCUGUGCAGUGGCUUCAUCGUCAUGUUUGGUUCCAUGAGUUUGAUCAUCAUGGACUGGGUCCACAAUGCUGGUGCCUCGGAGAGUCAAGGAGAUGGUCACUAAGAUGCAGCAUGAGUGACGGGUAGGCUGGACAUGUCUCUACCGAUGCUGAGCUGCUGACCGGUCCAUCGCCGUUCCUGUUCUCAUUGCUACAACAACCAAAAUUAAAUAAACCCUGCUCUUUUUCCAGCUGAGAGCAAAGAACUUCCUACCAUUCUGAGAGAAUGUACCAAAAACACUGUACAGUAUGCUGUUAGGCCACAAAGAUGGUGCUUUAUCUGUUUUUGUUGCCAUGGGGAGUUUUUUUUUAUUGAGUUCAGCUGGUCAUUCAGAUUCUGAAACAAAUUAUGAAUGCAAAUGCAAAUUGAGAGACCGAUCUCAAGUGCACAGUUCUCAGUAUUUAGCUUCUGAAACUCGCAACCAAAACCCCUACUCUAUGUCGCAACUGACUCUUGUCAAGACCUUAGCAUUCGACUUCUGUUUUUAACUUUGCCAAAAAAAGUCUUUCUUACUAAGUUUGUAUAUCAAAAAGCACUUAAUAAUCAAAACUAUACACGAACGUCUGCAAUUCCAAACUUUACUAUUCAACCUUAAUCGUACUAGUUACAAUGUCAUUUUGUCAGCCUGUAAAAAAAAUGCUUACAUUUAGUCUUUCACCUGAGGUUUCGGUAGUCGAACAAGACACUGUAAGGGGAAAGAAAUGUACCAUACAGGUACAUUUAAAUUCUUCAAGGUACAGUCAUUAAAUGUUGUAACGGUACACUACAUUUACGUUCCUGCUUAAAUACAACAGGAGCAAAAUUAUCCAUCAGUUUAUUACCUUUUUUUUUAAAUGAAGGAAGACCGAAUUUACUACAAGACGUAUUUGAAUCUGUACUUGAAAAGGUAUUCAAGUACAUAUUUUACAACAAUAACCUCAUUGCUCAAAAGGCAAAGCUGAAAAAUGAUCUGUUCUGUUUUGUUGUGACCGGUUGAAGGCACCAAAAUAUAUUGUUGAAGAACAUUUUACUUUUUAGUCACAUGCUGUGGUUGAGAACGAGAGUACGACACAGACGGUUCGUUAAAAUUUUCUGAAAUAAGAAGAAGAUGAGGCUUUCAACAUUUCCAUCUUCAGUGUUAACCGUCGGCAGCUUUACGAUCGUUUGUCUGAGACGUAGGAGGGAGUAAAAAAGGACGAGAGGGAUUAGUUCAAAUUGUCACAUCCACUGGUCUGUCAUGAGCUGCUGAGUGAAUUUACACACCACAAACACAAAGACGUUAGUACAUCCUCACCCUGCUUCUAGUCACUAACUAUUAGCUUGUGUCAUCUAAAAUGUGUUGUCCAACACUUAUUUAUAGAAAAGCAUCAAUGUAAUUUUAUCUAUUUUACUAUAUUUAUAUAUUGUAAAUAUGUAUAUAUAUAUCAAGCCAAUGAAGUGUGUGUGUGUGUGUAUAUAUAUAUAUAUAUAUAUAUAUAUAUAUAUACACGUAUGUAUAUGUAUAUAUAUAUAUGUGCAGUUUUUAUCACAGUCACAUAUAUGUAUUUUUCCUUUUCAUUUGUCAGUUUGUUCGGUGUUUCAGAUAUAAAUGUCUGCCUCUGAUGUAUUUUAUUACCCAUAGGUUUGGAUAACUGUCUGACAUCUAAUCACCCUUAGGCUUGUCCCUGCAUUGUGGCUGGAUAUGAAAAGUUUUACUUUCAUAUCCAGAAAAAGUUUCUUAAUAUUACAAGAGUCCACACUGCUCUUAACAACUUGUACUGCACAUUUCAUGUACAUUGAGGCUAGACUGCUGUAGUUAAACAAGACAGGGGGCGAGGACUGCAAAACUCAAGUAUGAAUAGCCAGUCGUACAAGUGCUCUUGUUUCAAUGAAACACUAUGUAUAUCAUGUAAUUACUGUUCAAUAAAAGAUAAAGAUUAA